AUGUCAGGAUCUCGUUUCGACGAUAAUGGCAGUUCACCGCCCCCAUCGACGGCUUCACCGUCGCCACCACCAGCGUCACCGCCGCGUCGUCCUCGCCCUCAGUCAGCUCCCUCGACAACAAGAAUAAUAACAGAAACAAGCUUCAUGUCCACCAUCACUUCUACCUCCGAAUGCCCCCCCUACACCCGCCUCCGCCGCAGCACCGGGCCCGGACCCGACUACGCCCGCCUCAGCCUCGGCGUACAAAUAGGCCCCGGCGCCGACGUCCAGCCUGUCGACAUGUACUUCCACCGCAGCUGGGAGGCCGCGCGGGGGGGAAGGGUGCUGCACUUCCGCGACGACGUGGUGAGGCUGCCGCGCUCGUUUGAACGGCAUGCUGAUCCGUGGGUGAGGCUCGAGGCGCCAGUGAGGUUGUUUAACAAUGGGGAAGAUUCAAGUGGUGAUGAUGAUGAGGAGGACUAUAUUUACGAGUCGAGCGAUGGCUAUGACGACGACGAUGAUGAUGCUAGUCAGUCUAGCUCUUCCCAAGACGACAACAACGACAACAACACGACAACAUCCAACCCAGCUUUGACUACGCCUCAUCCUCAACCCUCAGCUCGCCACAUCAUCAUCAACACCAUCACCGGCAGACUCCUCAUCGCUCUCCUCGCCACCGCCUUCUUCAGCCCCUGGUUCCUCCUCCCCCCCGUCGUCCCCCUGCCCAUCCACUACCCGAUAGCCGACGCCAAUGCGGCCAUCUACUCGCUAUCAGACGACGUCGACACUGUCGACUGGUCCCUGGGUCAACAUGUCGUAUGCUACCGAACGGACCGCUGGAGCCCCAUGUGCGCCGACGACACGCCCGAUGCGGGCCAGCCCUGGGACCGCGAGCUCUGGGGCGACGAGGUCGAUGGCGGUGAUGGCAGCGGCAAGUCUCUUCCUCGCGGCGCGGAAAAGACCGACGUGUGCGCCAUGGUCGAGGCGUGUAGGGUGUUGAAUGCCGGCUUAAAAGAAACAAAGAAAUCGCUGAAGGAUCUUGAGUUCCUCAGCGCGAAGGGCGAGAUAAAGGACCUGGUCAGCACCCUCAUCACAUCACUCUCACUCAUAGCCAAAGGCAAGGACGAGGAUGAAGAAAAGGACAAGGUAAAAGCCAAAGAGGCAAUGGAAAAAGACAUCAUCACCCUCUACCUUGACUCCCUCAACCAGUUCUACGUAAGCUACGAGGACUACGAGGUCCAAGUACCAGACCACACAGACGAGUACGGAUAUGCAGACCGGUCCAGCCACCACAAGCGCCGCAACCCGCUCGCGUGGAAGACAAAGAAGGGUUGGAGGCAACUGAAGCACACCGUCGCCGAAAGAAUGGCACACUCAUUGAUCAUACUCGACGGCCUCAUCGCCUCAAUUAAGCUUCUCCAGCAUCCCGCGGCCAUCUUGGCGAACAACGUAUACCGGUUCCAGUGCGCCGAGGGCGAGCAAGCAUCCAUCGCCGGUUGCUUCGACCCCGUCAAUCACCUGCCCGAGGCGACGCAGACGCGCACGCGCAUAGCGAGCCUUCGGGAGGCCCUCGAAGAGUACCGGGAUCGCAUUGAUGCGGCCAUGCGUCAGAUGCGUGCCUUGCAGGCCGGCUUGACGCUGGUGGCUGGUCUCCGAGACGUCCACGGCGUUUACCACGGCGCUAAUAGCAGCGGCAUCAGCAGUGGCGUGCCGAACGAGUUGGAUAUCUGGACCUUGCUGUCUAUCUGGACAGGCAACCAAGAGACUGGCACUGAUGAUCCAUCAGCCGACCAGCAGCGGUGGAAGCGGAGGAUACAUGCGCUAGCCAUGACGACAUGGACGAGGUUGCUCCCACAGAGCAUGAGGCCCAACACGCACUUUCGUCUUCCGUCUAUCAGGGCGCAGCAGCUCCUUUUCAACGACUCUACGCAGGCCGUGGCUAGGGCCGGGGGGUGGACGUUGGUAGAUCCCCACAAGGGGUGUGAAUGGUGUUGAUGUUGGAUGUUAUGCUUAUUGUGGAUGGGUACAUGUGAAUUAUGGAUGGAAUAGUGAC